AUGGUUCAUUUUUCUCAAUCACUUAUGCCUGAUGUGCCAUUAGCAACAUCAUUACCAACAACAUUUACAUUUCAUCCAAAUAAUCAAAUUGAUGAUCAAUCAAGCUUACAACAACAAUCACUUCCAACAUCAUCUCAAUCUCAAUUAAAUUCAUCAUCAAAUCAACAACAACGAUCAUCACCAAUUGAUGAUCGAACUAUAAAUGUUAAUCAUCAAACACAUACAAACGAUUAUGAAACUCGUUUACGAUGUCCGAAUUGUGAAACAUGGGUUGUUAAUCUAAGUGAUCAUUUACGUAAAACUCAUCGAAUAGCAUCACCAGUUGAUCGAAAACCAUUAUUACGUAUGGCACGCCUUGAAAAACGUCGUAUGACUGAAUCAGCAAAUAAUUCAUCAUCAUCAUCAUCCACUACAACUAUUUUAAAAGUACAACCAACAUCAACAAUUGUUGAUAAUGGUUUACCAACAUCACAUACAAAUACAAAUGAAAUAGAAAAUUUACUUUUUAAACAUGAACCUGAUCCAAAUAUAUUAUCGAAUCAACAAUUUUCUGUUACAAUACCAGAAAAUAUUUUACUUAAUCAACAAAUGACAAAUUCUAUUGCACAAUAUUCAUCAUCAAAUAAACGUCAACGAACUUUAGAUGAUCAUUUAGAACAUACAUCUAAUGGACCUUUAUCACCAAAUAAAAAAACUCGAAUAGGAAUUCUUGAUACAACUAAAUUACCACAAACAAUACAUUCAUCAUCUAAUAAAUCAAAUAAAAAAAAUCGAAAUAAACCACAGCAACAACAACCGCAAACUAUUAUAAAAACAGCAGCAUCGGGUAUUUUUCCUCAGCAACAACCUCCGCAAACUGUUAAUAUACAAAGUAUCGAUGAAAGUUCAGAUGAUCUUUCAAAAGUAUUACAAAUGAUGGGUAAUGAAAUGAAUUUUCUUAAUCAACAUUUACAAACAACAUCUAUUUUAUUACAAAAACAACUUGAUUUAGCACGUGAUAGUUUACAUGCAUGUUCUGUUCAAUUUGCCCAUUUAAAGAGAAUGAUUCAACAACAAAUAUGA